CACAUGAUCACAACUUCUCUUCACAUCUACAUUUGAGCUUUCAUCCUCUGCUCCCAUGACCAACGCCGUCAACUUCUCCACCGCUCUUCGCACACCCUCUUCUUCGACCCCUGCUCUCCGCAGAUCAACGGCGUUCAAGCGACAAAAUCUCAGACCCACUCACCGAUGCUGUUCACUGAGUCUAACACCGAUUUCAAGCUUCAGUCUUCGUCACGGUGAGGAAACACUGUUCGAGGCUCGAGACGUCGGCGUUGAAGAGCAUGAGCAAGUAGUGGCGGAAAGAAAUAUACUGAGGGAUCAACUGGCUCGGAGAAAUGAGGAAAUUAAGAAGCUUAAAGCAGUUGUUGAUUCGGCAUUGAAGGAAUUGAGCAAUGUAGUUACUCGUUUAAAGGAAGUUUGUCCUUCUAACGAAGAAGAAGAUGGAAAAAAAAAAAAAAUAGCUCAGCAGCUGAUAUCCCCUGAAGUGAAAUCAGCUAACAAAUGUGAACCACAAAAAGUUGAGCCAAAAACACCUGAAGUAAGAGCAACAGGAAAACGCAGAAACGAUAUAUGGGGACGAUCAAGUGGAGAUGAUUCAUUGCCACCUUCGAAAAAGUCUCAUCUCAGCCGGAGCACAGGACUGUCCUUUCCUUAGUUUUGGAAUUUCUUAAGUGUUAGGGGUUCUCUAUGGAGUUUGAAGUUAUUUUGCUAGAGAGGAUUUUCUCAUUGUACUUUGUUCAAUGAAAUUUUGCCUUAAU